AUGGACGACCCUACCAGGGCGAAAGCGAGCGGGGCGCAGCGCGGGGCGGCCCUGGAGGAGGAGCUCACCUGCCCCAUCUGCUUCGACUUCUUCCACGAGCCGGUGAGCCUCGGCUGCCAGCACAGCUUCUGCGCCGGCUGCCUGGAGGAGGCCUGGAGGCGCAGGCCGGAGCGCGACUGCCCCGUCUGCAGGAGGAAGUCCUCCUUCGAGCACGGCGUCCCCAACCUCACCCUGCGCAACAUCGUGGCCGCGUACCUGCAGGAGGAAGGGGCGGGGGAGGGGGAGGGGGAGGGGGAGGGGGAGGGGGGCCGCCGCCCGGAGCGGGCCGGGGUGUGCGGGAGGCACAGGAGGAAGGUGCGCUCGUUCUGCGGGGACUGCGAGGAGACGCUGUGCGCCGCCUGUCUGGAGGGGGAGCAUCACACGCUGCACAACCGCUGGUCUCUGGAGGAUGCAGCGGUGGAAUACAAGGUACGGCCUACAGUCAAACUCCGCUCCCAGCUCCAGGCUCUGCAGCAGAAGCUGGAAGCCUUCAACCAGGAGAGAGCGCCGGGGGAAAACGCCACGCUCCAUAACGGCAUUCCUCGUGUCUCUCUGACCUGCCAGUCUGAGGCCCAACGUGUCGAGAGGCAGAUCAAGGCCGAGUUCGAGAAGCUCCACAAGUUCCUGCAAGACGAAGAACGGGCCCGGCUGGCCGCACUGAGGAAGGAGGAGCAGCAGAAGAGUGCCCGGAUGAGAGAGAGGAUCGAGGGGCUCACAAAGAAGAUGGUGGCCCUCACAGAGACCAUCUCAGACAUAGAGACCAGGAUGGAGGCGGAAGACAGCUCAUUCUUAGAGGGUUACAAAAACAUCAAGAAGAGAGCCCAGUGCAAACUGCAGGAUCCAGAGCUGGUUUCAGGGGCACUGAUAGACGUUGCCAAACACCUUGGCAACCUGAGGUUCAGAGUCUGGGAGAAGAUGCUAGAGAUGGUGCAAUACACCCCCGUGACCCUGGACGUGAACUCUGCGCAUCCCGACCUGCACGUCUCUGACAGCCUGCUGGAGGUGUGGGACGGCGAGGCGUCCCGCCCGCUGCCCGACAACGCCGAGCGCUUCGACAGCUCAGUGAGCGUGCUCGGCGCGGAGGCCUUCACUGCCGGGCGGCACAGCUGGGAUGUGGAGGUGGGCGGCAAGACCGCCUGGACCCUGGGCGUGGCCCGGGAGACGGUCGGCAGGAAGGGGGCGGUUUCCGUGAGGCCGGAUGGCGGGCUGUGGGCGGUGGGCCUGUGGGACGGGGAGGAGUACAGCGCGGGGACCGUCCCCCUGGGCACGCCUCUCACUCUCAAGAGGAAGCCCAGGAGGAUAAGAGUGCAGCUGGACUACGAUGGGGGGGAAGUGUCAUUUUUUGACUCCCACGACAUGUCACACAUUUACACUUUCAAAGACACGUUUACUGACAGGCUGUUCCCCUAUUUCUCUCCCUGUCUAAACGCCAACGGGAAAAACAUCGGUGCGCUAAAAAUCUGUCCAGCCAAAGUGUCUGUGACAGUGAUGCCGUCUCAGUGA